CCCGCUCGGCUGCCGCUGUCCCGUCCCGGCUGUCCCGUCCCGGCUGUCCUGUCCCCGCUGUCCCCACGCCCGCAGCGCCCUGGCAGCACCAAGCCACCAACAUGUUCCAGAGGAAGCGCAGCGUCUCCUUCGGCGGCUACGGCUGGAUCGACAAGACAAUGCUGGCCAGCCUGAAGAUCAAGAAACAGGAGCUGCUGAACAGCACGGAUGUGACGGUCCCGGAGCGGCCCCUGUCGCCCCCCCUGACGGCCCCCCCGACCAUGAAGUCGGCAGAAUUCUUCGAAAUGCUGGAAAAAAUGCAGGCACCAAAACUGGAAGAACAGAGGUCUGGAAGCCAAAAACACAAGGAAGACUACAUCCCAUACCCCAGCAUCGAUGAGAUCCUGGAGAAGGGUAGCCCAUACCCGCUGAUCAUCCUGCCCCAGUUUGGGGGAUACUGGAUAGAAGACCCAGAAAACCUUGGCACACCCACCUCAUCUGACAGCAGCAUCUGUGAGGAGGAGGAGGAAAACCUCAGCCCCAGCACCUAUGGCUACAAGCUGGAGUGCAAGGGGGAGGCCAGAGCCUACCGCAAGCAUUUCCUGGGGAAGGAUCAUUUAAAUUUCUACUGUACAGCCAGCAGCCUUGGAAAUCUGAUCCUUUCUGUUAAAUGCGAGGAGACAGAGGGCACAGAAUAUUUAAGGGUUAUACUCAGGUCCAAGGUGAAGACAUUGCAUGAAAGGAUUCCGUUGGCAGGAUUCAGCAAACUCCCGAGUAUCCCCCAGAUUGCAAAGGCCUUCUGUGAUGAUGCCUCUGGGCUGAAGUUUAACCCAGUUCUCUACCCCAAGGCAUCCCAGAUGAUAGUGUCUUAUGAUGAGCAUGAGGUCAACAACACGUUCAAGUUUGGUGUGAUCUAUCAGAAGUUCAGGCAGACCCAAGAGGAGGAGCUGUUUGGCAAUAAUGAAGAGAGCACUGCCUUCAAGAACUUCUUAAGUUUUCUGGGAGACACCAUAACUCUCCAGGACUUCAAAGGUUUUCGAGGAGGCCUGGAUGUCAGCCAUGGGCAGACGGGAGUGGAGUCUGUGUACACGGUGUUCAGGGACAGGGAGAUAAUGUUUCAUGUCUCUACAAAGCUGCCUUUUACCGAAGGAGACACACAACAACUCCAGAGGAAGAGGCACAUUGGCAACGACAUUGUGGCAAUUAUCUUCCAAGAGGAGAACACACCAUUUGUGCCAGACAUGAUUGCCUCCAACUUCCUGCACGCCUACAUCGUGGUGCAGGUGGAGAACCCCGAGGCGGACAAUACGGCGUACAAGGUGUCAGUCACAGCCCGGGAAGACGUUCCCUCCUUUGGGCCACCCCUGCCGAGCCCACCGGUGUUCCAGAAGAGCCCCGAGUUCCGGGAGUUCCUGCUGACCAAGCUCAUCAAUGCUGAGAAUGCCUGCUGCAAGUCCGACAAGUUUGCCAAGCUGGAGGACCGGACACGGGCUGCCCUGCUGGACAAUCUCCAUGACGAGCUGCAUGGGCACACCCAGACCAUGCUGGGGCUGGGGCCCGAGGAGGACAAGCUGGAGAAUGGGGGUCAUGGAGGCUUCCUGGAGUCCUUUAAGAGAGCCAUCCGGGUGCGCAGCCACUCCAUGGAGACCAUGGUGAGCAGCCAGAAGAAGCACCAUGGCAGUGGCAUCCCAGGCAGCCUCAGCGGGGGCAUUGCACACAACAGCGGCGAGGUGACCAAGACCACCUUUUCGCCCCCUGUCCCCGCUGUUGCUGCCAAGAACCAGUCCAGGAGCCCCAUCAAGCGCCGCUCAGGGCUGUUCCCUCGCCUGCACACGACGUCAGAGAGCCAGGCGGAGAGCAGGACGAGGUGUGACAGUGUUUCUGGAGCCCAGAAGACACCAGAUUUGGGACAUUCUUCUCAAGAGAUGAAAUCUGAAACCUCAUCCAACCCCAGCUCCCCUGAAAUAUGCCCCAACAAAGACAGGCCUUUUAUCAAGCUGAAAGAGAACGGGCGGUCGAACAUCUCCCGUUCCUCCUCCAGCACCAGCAGCUUCAGCAGCACGGCGGGGGAGAGCGAGACCCUGGAGGAGUACGACAGCGUGGGGAGCCAGCCCUCCACCGCGUCGCCAUUCAAGCAGGACGUGUUUGUGUACGGCGCUGCGCCCGGCAGCGAGAGCCCCGGCGCGGGGGCCGCGGCCACGCCGGUCAUCAUGAGCAGGAGCCCCACAGCAGAUCUAAAGAACAGAAAUUCUCCAAGGUCCAACCUGAAGUUUCGCUUUGACAAGCUCAGCCAUGGCAGCUCCAGCAUGGGCCACUAGCAGGAGGAAGUCAUGAGCUUGUCACAGAAUGUUUCAACAAAGGGAAAACUCUUCAACCCCCCAUGGGAGCACGCAGGCAGGCCCCGGCCACGGGCAGCGAGGUGCCCUCACCUGCCACACCAGAAAAGAGCUCUCACCUUGCUGCAGUCCUGUCCUGACAGGGACCAGCCACCUUCUCACCUUCGCUGUCCCCCUGUGCAGCCCACGCCCUGUGCCCCCUCUGCGUGCAGGGGGAGCGUGUCCCUGCCUGUGCUGCACCCACGUGGCCAGGCCAUGUCCCCUCCUGGGUCACCCUGUGCUUGCCCAGGGUGCUGCAGCUGGUGGGCACCGUCCAUUCCCCCCGUCCUGGGCUGCCUGGCAGCUCCUUUUGGGCAGAGGGUCAGCAGGAGAGACCUCCACAUAGUUUAGGUCCUUCCAUGCUUUAUUUGCAGUUAUCAGUGGGGAAACAGAGGUUUAUGUUUGUUUUUUGCAGGGUGGGGGGUCAGGCCAAAGUUAGGCAGUAGUGGCUCUGGGGCAGUUUGCCCUCCACCAUCAUUUGCUGUUGCUCUUCUCUGGGGACAAUGGGGCAAAACCUCCCUGGGGGGGUCCUGGGCAGCUCUCCCUGGAGUGGAGUCUGCAGGGCCUCUCCAGCCAUCCCCCAGCUCCUGUCUACACCCCAAAACUCUUGGGGCCGAGGCAGCCCCUCGCCCCAGACUUGCUCAGUUUCUUGCACAAGAGGCAGGUGAGUGACUUGGGCCAGGGAGGGGAGCUGGGGACAGCAGCCAGCUCAUCCUCCUUGGCAGGUUCAUCCUCCCUGCUUUGUCCCCGCCUGACACUGAGCACAGGCCUGGGAAAGGUGACCUAAAGCUGUGCUGUAUUACAGCUUUAGCUUUUCUUAGUACUAGAACUGGAACCAGAGGGGAUUUACCUGGUGGGGUCUGCUUUGCCCUAUGGCUUGGAUCACCAGGCAAGCAAAUGCAUAAAACUCUGGUGAUUUGGGAGGCAUUAGGCUGCUCCAGCCCUUACAGAGUCUGUCCUGCUGCUUUUGAGCAAGCUCUUGUUUUUCUGAAAGGAUUAUAGAUUCUGCAAGGUAACUUUCCCAUAAUGCUCUUUCCCAGAAAUACCUCUCUCAACAUGCCAAGAAAUCCUUUUGCUCUUUUAUGGAACUUCAUGUGAAGUUUCCAGAAGCCCGUCCGUAAAUUUCAGGUUGCUCAUAGAUUUCCCUUACCCAUUUUCUGGAAGAUAGGCCAUGAUGCUGCAGAGAUAUUCCCCCCUGUGCCCCCAGCCUGUGACCUUUGGACACCCUCAUGAAAUCAGGUUCCAAGUCUCAAGUGAACACAGUUCUUCAAGUUUGUGGUUCCUACUGAAAACAGGAGUUUGAGUGCCAAAGCCACCUUCCCCCAGUGGGUGCUCCAAGAGGCACAAAGUACCUGGCAGAGGUUUCAGAGGCAGGGCAGCAGCUCCUGGAGCAGCCCUGGGCAGCUGCCCUGGCUGGGGCUCCCCUCUCUCUGGGGCAAGUGCUUAUAGGAUUCAACCAUCCCCUGACCUCCUCCCUGUCCUCUCCCCAGCCAGAGAGGAGCCCAGCUGAGCAGGACGUGCUGUGCUCACCCUGGUCCUGCAGGGAGGUGCUCUCCGAGCCUUACAACCCGGUUCACACAGCUGCUGGAAUUAAUCCAUGGGGCAAGGCUGUAGCUAUGAUGGAGGGGGGAACCAGGUUAAAGAAGGAGAACAGUUGUGAAAAGGCAGGGAACAGUUUCACCGGCCCUAAGUGCUGUGUGAGACUAGUAAAUAUCAAUAACUCCCAUGGGGAUGCUCCCUCCUGCUCCCUCCAGUUGCAUUUCAAUAGGGUUUAAGCCUUGAGUUUCCUUUGGAAGAGGAGCAUGCAGUGUGCUCAGCCCAGCCUGUAGCUGUAGGUGUCUCAGGAUCACACACUUUGUGUUCAGCACUGGUCUGAUGAUGCUUCAGUAGCACUUUCAAACCCACCCCCAAUUCUCCUCUUGGAAGCUUUGGUCUGAUUUCCUGAGGCUGCACAGUGAAACACUGACUGGUGCAAUGACUUGCUCCCAGGGUCUGCUCUGGGUUUUUUCCCUCUGAGAAGUCACUCGGUUCUGUAGAUGUUGUCAUUCCGUGGGUGUUGAUCUCCAUGAGAUCUUUCAGCAGAUGAUGCAGUGGCUACUGUCAGCUGGUUUGCCAUUUUUGGUUGUUAUGUUGCUUUUUUUUUUUUUUUUUUUCACUUGAAACUGUGCUUUUCCUUUUUGACCUAGAUUGAUUUGGGAAUUAUUCGAAUGGGACUAACAGGCAGAACAGUGUGAAGCCCCAGGGAGAGUUGCAGUGCUCUGGGCUUGUCUCUCUGCCAGCCCGCCGGAGCAGUGAUGGGGCCGGGCUCUGGCACGAGGUUUGGCUCCUGCGGGACAUUUCCAGCAGCACUCCUCGCCAGAGCCUGGAACGCGCUGUGCAUCCUCCCAGCGGCUGGGUUUGGCUGCCCCGCUCCGCCCCAGCCCUGGAGCGCCCCGGGCGCCGCUGGGCUCAGCAGGGCUCGUGGUACAUCCCGGCACCUCCGCGCUUCCAGCGGCGGGCGGAGGUGUUCCUGUGUAUAUUCUGCAAAAUGUUUUGUGCUUAUAAGUGACACACAUCUAUACAUAUAUAAAAGGGAUAUAUAUAUAUAUAUGUAUGUAUAAAAUAUAUAUAUUUAUAUAUAUAAAGGAAAGGAUCCUUAACUGA